UCAUAAAAAUUCCUUUCAAUCGACCCUUUGUUUCUUCUCAUUCAUAUUAGUACUAAACAAAAUCAGAAAACUCAUGUUCAUCAUUUAUCCUUCAAUUUCCCAAAUUCGAUCCACACUCUUCCCUUCACCAGAAACCCCAAACUUAUUCAUGGCUAUGUGUUUAAGCUUGGGUUACGAUGAUUACACCUUAGUUUUGGUUCACCCCAUGUUUUUGUACCAGAAACUACUACUAAUCUGGAGGUCGUUCCACCACAGAUGCAGAUCCGCAGCUGUUUGGAGUAGAUCUGGGCUGUUUGGAGCAGAUCCGACGCUGUUGGAGGUUUGUGCCACCAUUAUUGCCUCUAAGUCCCCACCUUUGAUGUUCUAUUUCUCGGUUGGGUGAGUUUUUCACCAAUAUUGGGACAGUCUGUGGUUGAAUAAAAAAUCCCAAAUUCUGUUAAGAAAACCUUAACCCCAAUUCUAUUUUCUAAUAUGUUUAAUUAAAACAUCUAGAUUUUAUUUGUGAUUUAAAUGUUUGUGUUUUGACUCGAUUAACUGUGUUGUUUCUGUUAAUGUUUUACGAGGAGACACAUGACGUUUAGACCCAGAUAUCUUGUGUGAUACGAAGCCUGUUCGCUUCUCGCCUUCAUAAUCUCUACAAAGAUGGCUGAACAAAUUCCAUACGGUGUUGCUACAAGUCUCGUUAACAGGUUGGCUUCUGCAGCCUUUCGUGAAAUUGGACGAAUUUAUGGUGUCAUGGAUGAACUGGAAAGGCUUAAGAAGACAGUUGAAUCCAUCAAAGCUGUGCUCCUUGAUGCUGAAGACAAACAAGAGCAAAGUCAUGCUGUACAACUCUGGGUUAGAAGGCUCAACGACCUGCUUCUUCCUGCAGAUGAUUUGAUAGAUGAAUUUUUUAUUGAAGAUAUGAUACACAAAAGGGAUAAAGCUCAUAAGAACAAAGUGAAACAGGUAUUUCAUUCCUUCUCACCAAGCAGAACUGCUUUUCGCCGUAAAAUGGCUCAUGAGAUUGAAAAAAUACAAAGAAGUUUUAAAGAUGUUGAGAAAGAUAUGUCUUAUUUGAAACUUAACUCCAAUGUUGUGGUGGUUGCGAAAACUAACAAUGUAAGGAGGGAAACUUGCUCUUAUGUGUUAGAAUCUGAGAUCAUUGGAAGAGAAGAUGAUAAAAACAAGAUUAUAAGCUUGUUGAGGCAAUCACAUGAACAUCAGAAUGUCUCAUUGGUUGCUAUUGUUGGUAUUGGUGGUUUGGGAAAGACAGCUCUUGCUCAACUGGUAUACAAAGAUGGUGAAGUGAAAAAUUUGUUUGAAAAGCAUAUGUGGGUAUGUGUCUCAGAUAACUUUGAUUUCAAAACUAUUCUGAAGAACAUGGUUGCGUUAUUAACCAAAGAGGACGUUGUAAAUAAGACAUUAGAAGAGUUGCAAAGUAUGCUUCAAGUCAAUUUAACUGGUAAGAGAUACUUGUUAGUUCUCGACGACGUUUGGAAUGAGAGUUUUGAAAAGUGGGAUCAAUUGAGGCCUUAUUUGAUGUGUGGUGCUCAAGGCAGUAAGGUUGUAAUGACAACACGCAGUAAGAUUGUGGCAGAUACAAUGAGUGUAAGUGACCAACAUGUUUUGAGAGGUUUAACUCCAGAAGAAUCAUGGGUUUUGUUCAAGAAUAUUACCUUUGGGGAUGUUACUGUUGGAGUGAACCAACCUCUUGAAUCAAUUGGUAAGAAGAUAGUAGAAAAGUGCAAAGGAGUUCCGUUAGCAAUUAGAUCACUAGGAGGCAUAUUACGAGGUGAAAGUAAAGAAAGUGAAUGGAUCAAUGUCUUACAAGGAGAAUUUUGGAAAUUGUGUGAUCGUGAAAAUAGCAUCAUGCCGGUCCUAAAAUUGAGUUACCAGAACUUAUCACCUCAACAAAGGCAAUGUUUUGCUUAUUGCUCUUUAUUUCCUCAGGAUUGGGAAUUUGAGAAGGAUGAGUUAAUUCAAAUGUGGAUGGCACAAGGUUAUCUUGGUUGUUCAGUUGAAAAGCAAUGCAUGAAAGAUGUUGGUAAUCAAUUUGUAAAAAUUUUCUUGAAGAAUUCAUUCUUCCAAGAUGCAGAUUUGAAUGUUCAUGGUGAUGUAACUGGUUUUAAAAUGCAUGAUUUAAUGCAUGAUCUUGCAACACAAGUAGCUGGCAAUGAUUGUUGUUACUUGGAUUCAAGUAAGGCAAAAAAAUGUUUAGGAAGACCCGUGCAUGUAUUAGUGGAAUAUGAUGCCUUGUGUUUGUUGGAAUCCCUGGAUUCAAGUAGGUUGCGGACUUUGAUUGUGAUGAGUUACAAUGACUAUAAAUUCCGUCGACCAGAAAUAUCGGUUUUUCGAAAUUUGAAAUACUUGCGCUUUUUGAAAAUGGAAUCUUGUAGUCGCCAGGGAGUUGGUUUCAUUGAAAAAUUGAAGCAUUUAAGGCAUCUUGACUUGCGCAACUAUGAUUCAGGAGAAAGUCUUUCCAAAUCUAUCGGCAAUCUUGUUUGUUUACAGACCAUAAAAUUGAAUGAUUCUGUGGUAGAUUCUCCAGAAGUUGUUUCAAAAUUAAUUAAUUUGAGACACCUUACGAUAAAUCAUGUGACCUUCAAAGACAAGACACCGUCUGGAUUUAGAAAAUUGAGCAUACAACAACCCAAGGGUCUGUCUUUGUCCAAUUGGCUCUCUCCAGUCACAAAUAUAAUUGAAUUAUGUCUUUAUAACUGCCAAGAUUUACGAUAUCUCCCACCAUUGGAACGCCUUCCAUUCCUUAAGUCACUUGAUUUAAGAUGGCUUAAUCAAUUGGAGUACAUAUAUUACGAGGAGCCUAUUCUUCAUGAAUCAUUCUUCCCAUCUUUGGAGAUCCUAAACUUUUUUGAAUGUUGGAAGCUGAAGGGAUGGAGGAGGAUGGGAGAUGAUUUGAAUGAUAUUAACUCUUCGCAUCAUCUCUUCUUGCCUCACUUUCCUUGUCUUUCUAAAUUGGUAAUUGUUAGGUGCAAAAUGUUGACUUUCAUGCCUACUUUUCCAAACAUUAAGAAGAAAUUAGAAUUGUGGAGUUGCAGUGCAGAGAUAUUGGAAGCAACACUAAAUAUAGCAGAGUCACAAUAUUCAAUUGGCUUCCCUCCUCUUUCCAUACUCAAAUCCUUCCAUAUUAUUGAAACCAUUAUGGGUAUGGAAAAUGUCCCAAAGGAUUGGUUGAAAAAUCUUACUUCUCUCGAGAAUCUUGACUUAGACUCUUUGUCAAGUCAACAAUUUGAAGUAAUUGAAAUGUGGUUUAAAGAUGACCUCAUUUGUCUUCCUUCCCUCCAAAAAAUCCAAAUUAGAACUUGUCGUUUAAAGGCAUUACCAGAUUGGAUAUGCAACAUCUCAUCACUUCAGCAUCUUGCGGUGUACGGGUGCGAAAGUUUGGUAGAUCUGCCUGAAGGAAUGCCACGUCUUACAAACUUACACACCUUAGAAAUCAUUGGCUGUCCAAUCUCAUAUUAUUAUGAUGAAUUCCUGAGAAAAACAGGUGCAACUUGGUCUAAAAUUGCUCACAUCCCAAAAAUCAUCACACGUUGAAGUCAGAAAGGUACCGGCCCCUGUUGAAGUCAGAAAGCUAGCUGGCUCAAUAAAAGACAUGGAAGACUGGAGGAGAUGCGUGAAGAUGGAUUUUCUGAAUGAUUAUUAGUGAAUUUUCUUGUUUUUGUUUUGUUAACGUUAUUUUUUAUUUGCUCAUAAGAGGAUGAUUGAUCACGGGUUCUCUUUGUUAAGAGUUCUUUUUUAUCUGUUGUUUUCUCUGUACUCUUUUUUCCUGAAAAGGUUUUUAACGAGGCAGAUUGUGUGUGCUCACUUGGUUAUUUUGACUUGUAUUUUGGUCUAGUCCCCAAUACUUUUGUAUCUUUAUUUUCUUUUUAUUUAAUAAUAUUUAUAAA